GGGCGCACAUCUGGGCGGGGCGGGGCGCACAUCUGGGCGGCGCUGGCGGGGCGGGGCAGGCGAGCAGUGACUUCGGCGGGGCCGGCGCGGAGCAUCCCACAGGCGGUGCGAGAGGAGUCCCGAGCCCAGCCGAGCCGACACCAUGCCCAAGUGUCCCCGCUGCCAGAAGGAGGUCUACUUCGCCGAGAAGGUGACUUCUCUGGGGAAGGACUGGCACCGGCCCUGCUUGAGAUGUGAGAAGUGUAACAAGACCCUGACGUCUGGAGGCCAUGCAGAGCACGAUGGCAAACCCUACUGCAACCACCCCUGCUACGCUGCCUUGUUCGGGCCCAAAGGGUUCGGCCGGGGAGGAGCUGAGAGCCACACGUUCAAAUAAGCCUCAGGUCUGACGUCCAGGAUUCCCAGCACAACCUGAAGACAGCACAAAUACACCGCAACAGACAUGCAUUUUUGUUUUUAAUUCACCCUGUACUAGACUAGCACGUUCAAAGCAAUAAGUAACCAAGGCUGGGCUGGUGUGGAGAGAGGCUGUGCUCCAGAUGGAGUGAGGCCAGGGUGGGGACGUUGGGUUGCCCUGCCGGGUAGGAAAUUUGGCUGAUAUUGCUGAAGGCUGCCUGGAGAGGAGACCGCGCCCUUCCAGCCAAAGCCUAGCUCUGCUUCAGGCAUCCAGCUCUCGUGGCUGGGCCCACAGUUGUAUUCUCAGUCUUUAAUAAAUGAAAAGAUGCUUUC